AUGCUGAAAAACAGUGAGAGGAGGCGGUCCUGGAGCUACAAGCCCUGGGCUACCGCGGAGGGGAACGAUGCACCCAACUCAGGGAACAGCCAGCACCGCGGGAGCAUCUGCUCCCUGGCGGCCCGCUCCGGCUCCCAGGCCAGCAUCCCCGCGUGGACCGAGGGCAACUAUAACUACUACAUCGAGGAGGACGAGGAUGGGGAGGAGGAGGAGGAGGAGGGGCAGUGGAAAGACGACUUGGCCGAGCUGGCCGAGGAAGACCAGCAGCCAGAGGAGGCCACCACCGCCCAGGCGGAGGGCCGCGGCGAGGGCUCCACGCUGAACGUGAACGUGGGCGGCCAGAGCUACCACCUGGACUACGCCCAGCUGGCCUGCUACCCCAAGACGCGCCUCGGCCGCCUGGCCGCCUGCACCGGCCGCGGCCGCCAGCUGGGCCUGUGCGACGACUACGAGGCGCGGACGGACGAGUACUUCUUCGAUCGCGACCCGGCCGUCUUCCAGCUGGUCUACAACUUCUACCUGUGCGGGGUGCUGCUGGUGUGCGACGCGCUGUGCCCGCGCGGCUUCCUGGAGGAGCUGGGCUACUGGGGCGUGCGGCUCAAGUACACGCCGCGCUGCUGCCGCAUCUGCUUCGAGGAGCGGCGCGACGAGCUGAGCGAGCAGCUCAAGAUCCAGCGCGAGCUGCGCGCGCAGGCGCAGGCCGAGGAGGCCGAGCAGCUCUUCCGCGACGUGCGCUUCUGCGGGCCGCAGCGCCAGCGCCUCUGGAACCUCAUGGAGAAGCCCUUCUCGUCCGUGGCCGCCAAGGCCAUCGGCGUGGCCUCCAGCCUCUUCGUGCUCGUCUCCAUCGUGGCGCUGGCCCUCAACACGGUGGAGGAGAUGCACCCGCGGGCCGAGGGCGGCCGCUGGGCGGCCCUGGAGCACGUGGAGGUGCUGUGCAUCGCCUUCUUCACGCUCGAGUUCCUGCUGCGCCUGGCCUCCACGCCCGACCUGCGCCGCUUCGCGCGCAGCGCCCUCAACCUGGUGGACCUGGUGGCCAUCCUGCCGCUCUACCUGCAGCUGCUGCUCGAGUGCUUCGCGGACGAGGACCAGCGGCGCGGCAAGGGCUCCCCCCGGGAGCACGACCUGGAGACGGUGGGCAAGGUGGGCCAGGUGCUGCGCGUCAUGCGCCUCAUGCGCAUCUUCCGCAUCCUCAAGCUGGCGCGCCACUCCACCGGCCUGCGCGCCUUCGGCUUCACCCUGCGCCAGUGCUACCAGCAGGUGGGCUGCCUGCUGCUCUUCAUCGCCAUGGGCAUCUUCUCCUUUUCCGCUGCCGUCUACUCCGUGGAGCACGACGUGCCCGGCACCAACUUCACCAGCAUCCCGCACUCCUGGUGGUGGGCCGCGGUGAGCAUCUCCACUGUGGGCUACGGAGACAUGUACCCAGAGACCCACCUGGGCAGGCUUUUUGCCUUCCUCUGCAUCGCUUUUGGGAUUAUCCUCAACGGGAUGCCAAUCUCCAUCCUCUACAACAAAUUCUCCGAUUACUACAGCAAGCUCAAGGCUUAUGAGUACACUGCCAUACGAAGGGAAAGGGGAAAGGUGGACUUCAUGCAGCGAGCCAGAAAAAAGAUGACUGAGUGCUUGGCUAAAAGCAACCCACAGCCCGCCCCACGGCAAGAGAAUUAA